AUGAGCUCGCUCGAUGUGCCAAAGCUCAAGGUCGUACAGCUCCGCGCCGAGCUCGCUUCCCGCGGCCUCUCCACCGCCGGCCUCAAGGCCGAAUUGGCCGCCAGGCUGACCGAGCAUCUCGAAAGCCAACAUGUUCAGCAAGAGCAGCAAGAGGAUGCCAACGACGAGUCACCUACCGAGGCGCCCACCAAGGCGCUGACCGAUCAAGGGUCGACGGCGCCAGUCGCAGAACCAGAGGCAGCAGGAGCAGACGCCGCCGCGAUCAACGACGCAGAUCAGCAGGCCAAAACGACAGAUGAGGCUAGCAGCGACAAGGAAAAGGCCGAACCGGCGCUCUCCGCCCUGCCCGGCCAGGUUUCGCCACAGCCACACCCAUCCGCAUCGCAGGCCGUCAAGGACACGGCGCUGGCUGAAUCCAUCGUCGAAAAGUCGGAAGCCGCCGAGUCGAUGGCGCAGCAGGCAGCUUCGCCGUCGAACGUCGAAAAGGAGUUGCUGGAGGCGCACAAGCAGGCGCUCAAGAGGGAAGGUGACAAGAUGGACGUCGCCCUCGGCGUCGACGGCGAGCUGGAGGGCAAGUCCAUGCUCGGCGCCAUCCACGACGCCCAUGCCGCCGGAAUAGAGGCGGUGGUGCCCGAUACCCUGCCCAAGGACAAGGAGAACGAGGUCAGAGCUGCGAUGGAAGAGUCCGUCCCGAUGGAGACCAACAACAAACGCAAGGCCGAAGACGACGCAGCGCUGCCCGAGGCCAAGGCCGCCAAAACGCAACCGGAAACCGAUGUCCAAGGGAGUCUGUCGGACCGCAUCAGCGCCAUCGCGCCCAGCCGCGAGGCUGGGCGAGCAGAGCACGAGUUGGAGCCGAGACAUGCUACAACUCGACACGAGGUGGCAGCUGAGGGAGCGGCAAGGCAUCCGCCCACUCGUUCGCUCUACAUCGCCAACCUCGUCCGCCCGCUCGUCGUGGCGCAGGUGCGCGCCCGCCUCGAGGAGUUCGGGCAGCUGUCUGAUGCUCCCGCCGACACGACACCAGAUGCCGCAGAGCAUGAUCUCGAAGCGGCGCAGGCCGUCCGAUACGACGGUCUUUGGCUGGAUGGCAUCAAGACGCACGCCUAUGUCACGUUCGAGACGCUGGACGCUGCGAAGGAGGCGCACGACGAAAUCGACUCGAAGCCUUUCCCCGAGGACGCCAGCCGCCCGGUGACAGUCCGCUAUCUGCCGCCGGGACUAGUGCGCUCGCUGAUCGCUCAAGAAGAGGCAGCAUGGCACGAUGGUCGGCGCCGUCUGUGCCUCUACGUCGCAAACGCCGAGACCGAGGAGGACAGCGCCGCGGCCGAGGCAACGGAGUUAGCGAGCGGCGACAGAGCUGCUCCCGGCUUCAUAUUCACCCUGGACGAGCCAAAGGUCGAGACACAGUCAAAGAAGAGGCCGCCUGGACCUCCUCCGCCCGUGCCUGCGGCGGCGCGUUCGUUGGCAGCGGGCGGCGCCGCGCCCAGCAACGGACAUUGGCGACCCAGGGGCGACAGGUAUAGCGGCGAUGGCGGACCGGGCCGCCGCAUGGAGGGCUUCCCGGAUCGAAGAGACGGUGGUGCCAGGCCCGCGAGGCACGACGGUUGGCAGGCAUCGCGGCGCGAGUUUGGCCGCGGUGAAAGGGACGAAGGGCGAGGAUGGGAAAGGCAGGGGGACAGCUCCCGUCCUGGGCCAAGAGACGACCGCUCGUAUCGGGGCGGCUGGGACCGCGGCUGGGACAGGGGCGGCGACAGGGGUGGCGACAGGGGCGGCGACAGGGACAGGGUUGAGUGGAACGGAGACCGAAGAGAGAGGGACUGGGGCAGGGAUCGGGAGCGGGAGCGGGAGAGGGAGCGGACCAGAGGCGGAGAUCGGGAUAGGGAACGAGACAGGGACAGGGACAGGGACAGACACCGAGAUAGGGACAGGAGCAGGGACAGGGACAGAGACAGGGAGGGAGACAGGGACAGGCGGCGGGACUGGCCCUCGCGGAACGACGAGCGCACGAGGGAGAGGGAGAGGGAGAGGGGACGAGACGACGACGACGGCGCGAAGUACCGCGGCGACCGCGACCGCUCGUACCGCAGCGGUGGCGGCGACGACUACUCCUACAUCAGCAGCGGCGGCGGUCGUGGGGGAGGAGGGCGAUCCGGGCACGACGAUGGGUACCGCGAGCGGCGCGAACCCGUCCCGACGCGGGAGGACCGGUACCGACACGGCGAUGAGCGUCCGAGGUGGUGA